AUGCACCACCUCCGCCUCGCAGCAGCAGCAGCAGCCGCCGCCCUCGCCGCCACGGCCCUCGCCCACGGCGACCACGCAAGCCAGGCGCCCCUCGUCGCCGCCGACGCCGACUGGAUGACGCGCCACAUGGCCGAGGAGCACCACAUGAACGCCUGGGACGCCGCCUCCUUCUUCGCCCUGCACGACUACAACGGCGACGGCCUCUGGCACGCCGACGAGAUGCAGCGCACCUACGGCCUCAUGGACGAGUCCAACAGCGGCCUCGCCCAGUCCAAGCGCGACGACGUCGCCCGCCAGCUGCUCGCCCUGCUCGACGCCGACGCCGACGGCGCCGUCACCAGGGCCGAGUGGGACGCCUUCAUCCACGCCGGCAAGACGCUGCCCGACCUCGGCACGGGGCCCGGCCACCACGGCGACGCCGAGUACGAGUAUGAGAUUCACCACUGGGACAAAUACCACGACGAAAACACAAAGCUCGAGGACCUCACGCACCCCGAAGACAUUGAGCACUUUAAGAAGCACGACGACAUGGAGGACGAGGCCGAGAGGAUAGAGAGGCUCAACAAGAUGGCCAUUGUCGAGGCCAACAUUCCCUCCAAGUUUCGGAGGUAG